AUGCGUUCCUCACUUCGUUUCCUCGCGGCGGUCUCACACACCCGGCCCUCCAAGCUGAAGAAACCUUCUAUCAGUCUAGAUCAUUUUAUCCAGAGACAGCGGGUGUUGUCAUUCUGGCGGGAAAUCAUGCGAGCAUUAAUAAAGGUGCCACCUUCGUCAACACGGACUGAGCUACACAAAUAUGCACGUGAUGAAUUCGAACGCCAUCGAAAUGUAUCGGAUCUGGUAAGUUGA